AUGUCCAAAGGCUCUGCAGCAGCAGCAGCAGCAGCAAAAGCAGCAGCAGCAGCAGCAGCAGCAGCACAAGCAGCAGCAGCAGCAGCAGCACAAGCAGCAGCAGCAGAAAUAGUCGGAAUUAAAAAAGAGCAGCACACAAAGAGCGGCGGCCGUAAGGCUACGCAGCAGCAGCAGGGGAAGUUUGUGCGGCUUCUCGCGGAGAAGGGCCAAGUAGACUUGGCCCUCGUCAACACCGUCACAGGCGAUGCCUUCCCACCCACGGGUAAUUUCCCUCUCCCUGCAUCAGGCAGCAACAGCAGCAGCAGCAGCAGCAGCAGCAACCGCAGCAGCAGCAGCAGCAGCAGCAGCAUGUGGAAGGCGUAUCCUAUUCUACCUCCUGCAUUUCGUGCUGCAUCGACGCAGACUCUGAACAUUUGCUUCCCGGGUGUAUGUACAGCAGCAGCAGGACAAACAGCAGCAGCAGCAGCAGCAGCAGCAGAUACUGCUGCUGCUGCUGCUGCUGCUGCUGCUGCGGAAGUGGGCCGCGACUUCAAGCGACGAGUUGCUGCUGCUGCUGACCCGACAAGACACACCUGGAUCCUCGUACACAUGCAGCAGCAGCAGCAGCAGCAGCAGCAACAGCAGCAGCAGCAGCAGCAGCAGCCAGUUGUUCAAACAGCACCUGCUGCUGCUGCUGCUGCUGCUGCUGCUGCUCCUGCGGUAAGUGCUGCUGCUGCUGCACAGCUCCAAGCAGCAAGGCAGCGUCUUGCUGCCCGCUAUGGCUUCCUGAUAGAAGAGCGACAGCAGCAGCAGCAGCAGCAACAGCAACAACAGCAGCAGGGACAGCAGCUCUGCCCCCCCAACACCAGCAGCAGCAGCAACAGCAGCAGCAGCAGCAGCAGCAGAACGCCUGAGGAGGCGCAGCUCGCUGGGUGGCAUUGGCCCUCCACUCUGCUGCAGCAGCGGGAAACAGCAAAGUCCCUCGAUGCUGCUCUGGCGCAGCAAAUCAAGACACAGAGAGCCAACCAGCGGCUUCUCGCCUCAAGGACUCACAAACUGCCGCGUCUGCUGUGGCGCCUUCUCGCGGAAGCCAAAGAGGUUGAGAGGCUGCAGCGGAUGGUGCUGUAUGAGCAGAGCUCUCGGGUGUAUGGACGGCGGGAUGUCUUCGCGGACUGGAGCGGCGAGCACCACCGCAUGCGUCGUGCGUUUCUGCUGCAGCUGCAGCAGCAGCAGCAGGUGCUGCAGCAGCAGCAGCAGCAGCAGGUGAAGCAACUGCAGCAAGAGCUUGAACGCUAUAGACUCAAAGCGCAGCAAAAAGCAGAGACAAACAGAGGAGACAGAAAAAGAAUAGAAAAACAACAAAUCGAGUUGAGGGCCUUACAGAGAAAAUUACAUAAAAAACGAGAAAAUUACAUAAAAAGCGAUGCUGCUGCUGCUGCUGCUGCUGCUCGGCAGCAGCAGCAGAAGCGUCUGCAGCAGAAACUGCAGCAGCAGCAGCAGCAGCAACAGCAGCAAAAGCAGCAGCAGCAAAAACACAGGCUACCGCAACACGACCAGCAUCACCAACAGCACCUGCAGCAACACAAUCAGCAACAUCCCCAGCAGCAACUGCAGCAACAGCAGCAACUGCAGCAGCAGCAAAAGAGAAUGCCUGCCAGCGUUGGAGAUGCUGCUGCUGCUGCUGCUGCUGCUCGGCAGCAGCAGCAGAAGCGUCUGCAACAGAAACUGCAGCAGCAGCAGCAGCAGCAACAGCAGCAAAAGCAGCAGCAGCAAAAACAUAGGCUACAGCAACACGACCAGCAUCAUCAACAGCACCUGCAGCAACACAAUCAGCAACACCCCCAGCAGCAACUGCAGCAACAGCAGCAACUGCAGCAGCAGCAAAAGCGAAUGCCUGCCAGCGUUGGAGACGCGCACCCAUCCACCUGGGUCCCGCCUCUGAAGCGUCGAUGCAGCGCAGGACAAGACCCUAUACAGCAGCAGCAGCAGCAGCAGCAGCAGCAACAGCAGCAGCAGCAGCAGCAGCAACAGCGUGAAGCAAAGCUCAUGAGGCACGCCCUAUCGCCCGCACGUGAAGGCGCAGCAGCAGCAGCAGCAGCUGCUGCUGCUGCUGCUGCAGAGCACCAAGUACAGCAGCAGCAGCAGCAGCGUCAGCAGCGAAUCGCCAUGAACUCCCAGGGGUAUAUUGAGGACUGCAGCAGCCUGAGGGACCGUGGCCAGCAGCAGCAACAGCAGCAGCAGCAGCAGCAGCAGCAGCAGCAGCAGCAGCAGCAGCAGCAACGGAAGCAGCCACAAGUUUCAGCGCCAGCAGCAGCAAGCUGUCCACUGAAGCACAACCUCGAGAGCACCAGCCUAAUGAUGGAGGAGGAGCAGCCUCUUUGCUGCAGCAGCGGCAGCGAGAAGGGUUCGCUGCUGGUGACGUCGGCGUCAGCAGCUGCUGUUGCUGCUGCUGCUGCAGCAGCAGCAGCAGGAGAUACUGCUCUCCAACACACUGCAGCAGACGCAGAAGGCAGCAGCUGCC